GAAAGUUGAAGAUGCGACAGAGUUUGCAGUUUUUAGUGCUAAGCGCUUUGGUGGUGCUGGCCUGUGGCUAUAAGCCGCCAAGCAAUGCGGACUGGUGGCGCCACGAGGUGUUUUAUCAAAUCUAUCCGCGUAGCUUUCAGGAUAGCGAUGGCAACGGCAUAGGCGAUUUGAAUGGCAUUACGUCGAGAUUGGAAUAUUUUGCACAAACGGGCAUCAGUGCAGUUUGGCUAAGUCCCAUAAUGGAAUCACCUAUGGUGGACUUUGGCUACGAUAUAUCCAACUAUACGAAUAUACAGCCGGAGUAUGGCACGCUGGCGGACUUUGAUGCGCUCAUAGCCAAAGCUAAUGAGCUGGGUAUAAAGGUUAUACUGGACUUUGUGCCCAAUCAUAGCUCGGAUCGACAUGCGUGGUUUGAAAAGUCAGCAGCGCGUGAGGCGGGCUAUGAGGAUUUCUAUGUGUGGCAGGAUGGCACGCUGGAUGAGCAGGGCGCGCGGCAGCCGCCCAACAAUUGGCGUUCGGUGUUUUCAGGCUCCGCUUGGCAGUGGCAUGAGGGACGCCAGCAGUUCUAUCUGCGACAGUUCACAUAUGCGCAGCCGGAUUUGAAUUAUCGCAAUCCUGCUGUGGUGCAAGCUAUGGAUGAUGUUAUGUUGUUUUGGCUUCGAAGAGGCGUGGCUGGUUUUCGCAUUGAUGCUAUUAUUUAUAUAUAUGAGGAUGAGCAGCUGCGUGAUGAGCCGCUGAGUGGCAGCACCACUGACUCCAAUUCCGUGGAUUAUUUGGAACACAUUUACACUAGAAAUUUGCCAGAAGUUUUUGAUCUACUGCAGCAUUGGCGUCGUCUGCUGGAUGAUUUUAGUCAAGCGCAUGGUGGACCACAGCGCAUUAUGAUGAGAGGUUACACGGAUUUGCAGCGUUUAAUGAAAUACUAUGAGGAUGACAAUGGCGUUCAAGGCGCGCAGUUUCCAUUCAAUUUCGAUUUUAUAACCGAACUGAAUGCCAAUUCCAGUGCACCCGACUUUGUUUAUAUUAUACAAAGAUGGUUAAUCUACAUGCCGCCGGGUCAUUCAGCCAAUUGGGUUAUGGGCAAUCAUGAUAAUCCACGCGUGGGCUCCAGAUUCGGCGCUGCUGCUAUCGAUGCUAUGAAUAUGUUAAUGAUGACGCUGCCAGGUAUUGGCAUUACCUACUAUGGUGAGGAGCUUGGCAUGCUGGACUAUCGCGACAUUAGCUGGGAGCAAACUGUUGAUCAGCCUGCCUGUGAAGCUGGUGAAGCCAACUAUAAAUGGAUUUCACGCGAUCCUGUGCGCACGCCCAUGCAAUGGAGCAAUGAAACCAAUGCUGGCUUCUCCAGCGCUGCCUCCACUUGGCUGCCAGUGCAUCCUAAUUAUAUGCAGCUCAAUUUACAAGCUCAGCAGCAGGCACAACGCAGUCACUACAAAAUCUAUCAGUCCCUGCUCAAGCUCAGACAAUGGCCAGCCUUGCAGCAAGGCAGCUUCAUGGCUCAGCCGCUCAACAAACGCGUCUUUGCCUUCAAGCGUGAACUACGUGGUCAGCCUGGCAUCUUGAGCAUCAUCAAUGUCAACAGCCAAACCGAGCAGCUGGAUCUGAGCAGCUUUGUGGACUCGCCUCAUCAUUAUUUGCAUGUUUUGGUUGUGGGCGUGGACUCCAAGCACAGAGUGGGCGAGCGGCUCAGUCCAGCGAGCAUUACGUUGGCUCCACAUGAGGGUUUGGUAUUGAAACUCAAACCGCGACAAAAAUAA